AUGACACUUUCAGAGGAAUUUAAGUUACUUGAAGAAGAUAUUCAAAAAAUUACAGAACCUUAUGUCUGUGAUGUAUUGAAAAGAAUUGUAAAUGUUAUGAAAAGUAUCAAUGAAAAAAAGAUAUUAGAAAUGUUUGGAAUUAACAAUGAAUAUGAUGCAAUGAAUUUUGUUUUUACUCAUGAAGUUAAUGAAGAAAUAAAGAAUAAUAUAUUUAAACAAUUUGGAGUUGAUGUAGUUGUAUAUAACCAAUUAGUAAAUAUUAAAAAUGAAUUAAUGGUUAAUCCAGAAGAAAUGGUUGAACAAUUAAAUGUUAUGGAUAACCAAUUAUUUAAAUUUAUCUUAAAACAAUAUGAAUUUGAUGAGCUAGGAAAAGGAAUUAUAUUAUUAGAUGAUGCUGGAUUGUUAGAAGAUGAAAAACAUUCAAUUGUGAAAAAAUAUGGAAGAGAAUCUCAAAUGACUAUGAGAAUUGAUAAAAUUGAAGAGAUAGUGAGUAAAAUGAAAUAUAAUGAUACUAUCAAAAAAGAAAAAAUACCAGAAAUACAACAAAAAGAUGAUACAAAAAAAGUUGAAGAUUUAAAAAAACAAGAACAUGAGGUUAAAAAGAAAGAAUAUGAUGUUAAAAAGAAAGAAGAUGAAGAAGUAAUAAAUAAAAAAGAAAUAGAAAAGAAAGAUACAAAGAAUAAUUAUAGAAUAAAACAAAUGGAUGUAUUAAAAAAACAUAUUCCAAUAAUGAAAAAUGAAACUGGAAUGAAACGCUCUCUUAUUAUAUUUGAUUCAAUUACUGAUGGAUAUGAUGGAAGUACAUUAUUUAAAAGAGUAUAUAAUCAAAAUAAUAUUUAUAUUGUUAUUUUUGAUUCACAACAACAUGGAUUUGGUGCUUUUGUUAAAAGUGGUAUAAACAAAAUAAAUGAAUGGAAUUAUGUGUCUGAACAUUAUCUGUUUACUAUUGAAGAUAGUUUCAUGAAAUAUAAUCCAAGAAAAGGAGUAAAAACUGGUAUUGUUAUUAAUGAAGGAAGUCAAUGUCUAUUAUGUAUUGGAGCUCCUGGGUAUGGGUUAGUUAUUUACAAACCACCAUUUGCAAAGAGUUAUUGUUAUAACACAUCAAUGUUAUAUCAUGCUGAAGAUUUAUAUUUUAAUCAGUCAAGUGAAGAGAAUGGCUUUUUAAUAAAACGAUUAAUAGUUGUUAAAGUUAUGAAUUAA